CAGGUUCGUUGCACCUCCAAGUUUCCCUCCUCAGUCUCUUCACUAUUCUUUUUCCCCCUAGACUGUACGGGUCCCAGCUGCUUCCUAGUAUUCCAAGUCACUGAACCCACUCCGAUCCCUCUUGAUAAAUCACGAAAGAUGCCAUUUUGAUUUUCACGCAAUCUCUGCUCUCUGGGACUGACCCACUUCUCAAAACCCUACUACUACUGCUAGUCUGCUACUACCACCACUAUCUCUGAUCGCCGCCGGAAUCAUCGACCGCCGUUGCUGCUGAUAAUGGCUUUUACGGAGUUUCGUCCGCUGGAUGAGAAGUUGCUGAUUGAUUACAUAAAGGCUACCCCUUUUCUGUCUUCCAAGCUUGGGAACAAGUUCGAUGAUUUAACCAUUAAAGAAGUCGGAGAUGGCAACCUCAACUUUGUCUUCAUUGUCUUCAACUCUUCUGGUUCUUUUGUCAUUAAACAGGCUCUCCCGUAUGUUCGUUGCAUAGGCGAAUCAUGGCCUAUGACAAAGGAGAGAGCAUAUUUCGAGGCACUGGCUCUGAAAGAACACGGUCGCUUUUGCCCGGAGCAUACCCCAGAAGUUUAUCAUUUUGACCGUACUAUGUCUUUAAUUGGCAUGCGUUACAUCGAGCCUCCACACAUAAUCCUGCGAAAAGGGCUGAUUGCUGGAAUUGAGUAUCCGUUACUGGCAGAACAUAUUUCAGAUUACAUGGCUAACACAUUGUUUUUUACAUCUUUAAUUUUCCGUACCACUACUGAGCACAAAAGAGAUGUUGCCGAAUUUUGUGGGAAUGUGGAGUUAUGCAGGCUUACUGAGCAGGUUGUUUUUUCCGACCCUUAUAAGAUUUCUCAAUAUAAUCGUUGGACUGCCCCUUACCUUGAUCGUGAUGCUGAAGCUGUUCGAGAAGAUAAUCUUUUGAAGCUUGAAGUUGCUGAGCUGAAAUCCAAGUUCUGUGAGAGGGCCCAGGCACUGAUACAUGGAGAUCUGCACACUGGUUCUGUCAUGGUUACUCGUGAAUCAACUCAAGUUAUUGAUCCUGAAUUUGCAUUUUAUGGGCCAAUGGGAUUCGACAUUGGAGCAUUCCUGGGAAACUUGAUGUUGGCAUUCUUUGCUCAAGAUGGACAUUCUGAUCAAGUGAAUGAUAGAAAAGCAUACAAGGAGUGGAUUCUCAAGACAAUUGAGGAAACUUGGAAUCUUUUUCACUAUAAAUUCAUUGCUAACUGGGACAAGCAUAAAACCGGUCCUGGUGAGGCAUAUCUUCCUGCAAUCUAUGACAAUCCUGAGGUUCAGCUGCUUGUACAGAAGAAAUACAUGAUGGAUUUGUUUCAUGAUUCUCUAGGAUUUGGUGCUGCCAAAAUGAUAAGGAGAAUUGUUGGGGUGGCCCAUGUUGAGGAUUUUGAAUCCAUUACUGAUGCUAGUAAACGAGCCACAUGUGAACGCCGGGCACUCAAUUUAGCAAAGUCGAUUCUCAAGGAAAGAAGGACGUUUGAAGGGAUCACUGAAGUUAUUUCAGCAAUUCGCCAAAUUUAGUCCUGGGGUCAGGGGCGAGGUUUAGCUAUCUAUACCUAGAUGGAAUACUGAGUCUUCCUAUAAUCAAAUCUCCCAUGAACUGCAUGACGUUGUUGACCGUCAAUAUUAUUUACAAGAGAAUACAAAUUUUGCUGUUUCAUACUGAGGGAUUUGUUUCCUAAUUAUGCCGUCAGAUAUAUCAGUGCACAUCCCAUCAUGUAUUCCAUUGACAUGUACUGCAAUAAGUUUUGUACUCAAUAAUAGUAUCUUUUCACGUAA